AUGGUUCUCCUUCCCUGCUGCGCUACCGGUUUCAAGCACGACGGAGAGAUUUCCGGUGAGUUUAAGGACUUUCAUGGAACAAAGACUUACUUUGCAGGUAAGCCCUCUGACAAGAUUGUGCUACUGUUGACCGACAUUCUGGGUCUCGAAUACAAGGGCUCCCUGCUCCUGGCCGAUCAAUUUGCCGAGGAGGGCUUCUUUGUUGUCGUUCCCGAUCUCUUCAACAACGACCCAGUCGCACUCAACCCUCCUGAGAGCUUUUCCCUUAUGAACGAUUGGUUCCCCCGACACACAUUUGAAACCACUAUCCCCUUCGCCAAGGAAAUCGCACAGCACAUUAGGGACGACUUCAAGCCCUCGUUUGUGGGAACUGUUGGAUACUGCUACGGAGGAAAGCUUGUCGGAGCUCUGGGAGCCACUGAUCUCGUCAACGCUCUGGCUUGGGCUCAUCCCUCUUUCGUCACUGUGGAGGAUGCCAAGGCUAUCAAGCACCCUCUGAUCAUUGCUGCUGCAGAGACUGAUAAUAUUUACACUCCCGAGCUGCGAGCCAACGUCGAGGCUGCUCUCAAAGAGACCGGAAAGACCUACUACGCCACCCUCAGCUCCAAGACUGUCCACGGUUUUGCAUGCCGAGGCGACCCUAAUGACCCUCCUGUCAAGUUCGCCAAGGAGAAGGCAUUCGCCGACUUCACCCAGUGGUUCAAGCUUCAUGGCGGUAAAUAA